AUGUCAGCACAUGAUUCUAAUAUCAAACAAUUGGCAUUUACACCACUCGAUAGCCAGGCAUGCAACGAGUUUACGACUCACGUGAUGAAUUUGUUGAGGGAACAGAGUCGUACCAGGCCAAUAACGCCAAAGGAAAUUGAAAGAAUGGUUCAGAUUAUUCACAAGAAAUUUUCAAGUAUUCAAAUGCAAUUGAAACAAUCUACUUGCGAAGCAGUUAUGAUUUUAAGGAGUCGUUUCCUCGAUGCAAGGCGUAAGAGACGGAACUUUAGUAAACAGGCUUCUGAAAUCUUAAACGAGUAUUUCUAUUCGCACCUGAGUAAUCCAUAUCCGAGCGAGGAGGCCAAAGAGGAACUCGCACGGAAAUGUGGAAUCACCGUGAGUCAGGUUUCCAAUUGGUUCGGCAACAAGAGGAUACGCUACAAGAAAAACAUAGGUAAAGCGCAGGAGGAGGCGAACUUGUACGCAGCCAAAAAGGCAGCUGCAGCUUUUGCAGGAGCGUCGCCGUACAGUAUGGGUGGUGCCAGCCAGGGUACACCAACGCCAAUGAUGUCACCUGCACCACCUGGUGGACCUCAGGAUAUGGCGGGAUACGGUAUGGGAAUAAAUGGAAGUGAUUAUGGCUCGCAACCUUACAAUGACGGUUCCAUGGGUUACGACCCUAUGCACCAGGGCAAGGCAUUGACUGGGGGGCCAGGGGCGGCGGGAUGGAUGCAGCAACGCGAGGCUGUUCCCGAAUUUCCCCCUCUCAACGAUUCAGCGGACUCUGAUUCCGACCGAGAAAAUGAAAAGCGACCGCGUGUUUAAAAUACAAUCGUUAUCUUAUCGACAUCUUGAAAAGUAUACGUACAGUUAAUAACUUUACUUAUAGUUAGUUAUGAAAAAGUGUGAAAGAACGGUUCUAUACAAAGGAAAUGGAAUGAAACAUAAUUUUGUGUGUAUGUGUGUGUUUGAGGGUAAGGGUGAGGGUGAGGAUGUUUGUUUACAUGAUUGAAUGCAAGUAUGAAUUAGGAGAAGUCAGAUCAUGAGGAUGAAGAUGAGUUUGUUUAAAUAAAUUCAUAAAUAAUAUACAUAGGGGAAAGUCACCUAUGAAUUUUUCAUUUUUAAAUGUAACUUUAUUUAUUAACACACUAUCGUUUGGGAACGUCGUGAGUUUGACUCACGCAUUGUAGCGGACGAAAAUGAGCGAAAUAUGAAAGCAGUGCACUUUUUAGAAAACAUGUUAUAUCUUUACAUCUAAUAGUAGGAUUUCAAUGUAAUUUGAAAAAAAAAGGUAUCAAAUAGUAUUUCGAAGAUGUAGAAAAUUUAAACUCAAUGCUAUCAAAAUCAAUCAACUGAAUUUAUGCUACUUUGUAAGCACGCAACUUGCAGUGUUAAAAUAGCACAUUUCAUCAAAUUAUUAGUUGUUCUUAAAAAUUA